UUAAUUUUCCCCUAAAUGUAAAGGCGUAGUUUUGUAGUUUACAUGAUCCCUUCUAUUAUAUAAAAAGGUGAUGGAUAAUAGAGUUCAAUUCAAUGCAUUUCAUGGUUUGGAUAAUUAUUAAUCUGCUUGCACACUGCAUGAUCUCAUCAUCAGGAUCUCAUGUUAUUCAAGUGCCACCAAAUCCAACGCUGCCACCGAAUCUCAAAUCAGGUUCUUUUAAGUCAGUGUCUGUGAAAACAAUUCCAAAUCAUGCUCCAAGGGCAGCCUUCAGUCCCGGGAAUGGUAGUUUCACGUAUGAUGAAAUAUUAGUGGCCACUAAUUGUUUCUCUGAGUCCAACCUUCUUGGAGAAGGUGGCUUUGGCUAUGUGUACAAAGGAGUUCUCCCAUGUGGAAAGCAAAUUGCAGUUAAGCAACUAAAAUCUGGUAGCCAACAAGGAGAGAGAGAAUUUCAAGCUGAGGUUGAGACAAUUAGUCGAGUGCAUCAUAAGCAUCUUGUUGAAUUGGCUGGCUACUGCGUUUCUGGGGCAGAGAGAAUGCUUGUUUAUGAAUUUGUUCCAAAUAACACAUUGGAAUUUCACUUGCACGGGGAGGGGAGUAUCUUCUUAGGAUGGACAACGAGAAUUAAAAUUGCCCUCGGAUCUGCAAAAGGGCUGGCAUAUCUACAUGAAGGUUGUAAUCCAGCAAUUAUUCACCGUGAUAUUAAGGCAUCUAAUAUUCUUCUUGAUUUUAAUUUUGAACCCAAGGUUUCUGACUUUGGCCUGGCAAAAGUCUUACCAAAGGAUAGCCAUAUUAGUCACCUCACCACCCGAGUGAUGGGAACCUUUGGAUAUGUGGCUCCGGAGUAUGCAUCAAGUGGUAAAUUGACAGAUAAAUCAGAUGUAUAUUCCUACGGAGUCAUGCUUUUGGAACUUAUAACCGGACGUCCACCAAUCACUGCAGCAGGAUCUAGGAAUGAGUGCUUGGUUGACUGGGCUAGGCCAUUGCUUGCUCGAGCACUACAAGAAGAGAAUUUCGACAACCUUGUUGAUCCAAGGUUGCAGAAAAACUGCGAUGCUGAUGAGAUGGUUAGAAUGGUUACAUGUGCAGCUGCUUGUGUGCGCCAUUCAUCCAAACUUCGACCUCGUAUGAGCCAAAUAGUUGGAGCCUUAGAAGGAGUGGUUUCUCUUACUGAUCUUGUUGGAGAUGUUACACCGGAGAAUACCCCAGAACACAAUUGGUCAAAGUAUUUAGAUUAUGGCGACAACCAAUAGCAGUAUGGCUUGAGAAGUUUUAAUUUGACAUUAUCAGCUCAGAAAUACAACUCCAGUGGGUACACUGAAACCACUAGUGCUUGUGGCCUUUACUCAUCAGGCUCAAGUAGUGAGGCUCACCAAUCAUUCCGAGAGAUAUUGUAAAAUAGGUUAAACAUGGAGAAUUGUACUGUGAACUUAAAAUUCAGAACUAUGGUAAUUAUGUUCUACUCAAGAUGUAAAGCUCUUACACAAGUCCAGACUAGAGUAAGACGUUCAAAUUCUUCAUAGGUUUUCAACAAGGAAAAUAUUUUUUUAACAA